AUGGAUGAAAAUGUGUUUGCUUUAAAAAGUCUUACAGGUACUGAACAUAAUCUUUGUCAAUUCGUUGAACAAUUAAAACAACUUGUCUAUUGGAAGAUUUUUGGUAAAAUUGCUCGUGAAAAGGUUAAAUCAUAUCGUUUAAUGAUUCAAAAUCGUUUUCCAAAUAGUCAAAUUGAUAUUCAAAUAUUAAAAUGUCGUCUUUGGAUGUAA